AAGGAAGAGAGAACAUUCAGAAAAUGAAAACUCGCAUGCCCCCUAUUUAAGACUCAUGCACAAAGGAUGGUCUUCAGAGAACCCAAGGACCAAGGUCACAGGGUCACCCACCUCAGCCAGACCAGCAGCAUCUGCAAGAUCCCCAAUGGCCCUACCCUUUUCCUUCCUGACGGCCCUGGUGGUGCUCAGCUGCCACUGCAUCUGCUCUCUGGGAUGUGAGCUGCCUCACACCCACAGCCUGGAUAACAGGAGGACCUUGAUGCUCCUGGAACAAAUGAGGAGAAUCUCUCCUUUCUCCUGCCUGAAGGACAGAAAUGACUUUGGAUUCCCCCAGGAGGUGUUUGAUGGCAACCAGUUCCAGAAGGCUCAAGCCAUCCUUGUGGUCCAUGAGAUGAUCCAGCAGAUCUUCCACCUCUUCAGCACAGAGGGCUCCUCUGCUGCCUGGGAUGAGACCCUCCUGGACAAAUUCUACACUGGACUUGAUCAGCAGCUGACUGACCUGGAAGCCUGUCUGACUCAGGAGAUGGGGGUGGAAGAGACUCCCCUGAUAAAUGAGGACUCCACGCUGGCUGUAAGGAGAUACUUCCAGAGAAUCACUCUGUAUCUGCAAGAGAAGAAAUACAGCCCUUGUGCCUGGGAGAUUGUCAGAGCAGAAGUCACGAGAUCCUUCUCUUCAUCAACAAAUUUGCAAGAAAGGUUAAGGAGUAAGAAAUGAAGCCUGGUUCAACAUGGAAAUGGUUCUCACUGACUGAUAAGAUCACACUUCCACGUGUUCUGUCAUGUCAAAGACUCUCAUCUCUGCUGUAAUCAUGACCUGAACAGAAUCAAUUUGUCACAUGUUUUCAGGAGUAUUAAGCACCAUCAUAUUCAACUCUACAGGCACUAGUUGCUCACAGAUGACCAUGUUGAUCUACCUAUUUAUCUAUCUAUUUAAAUAUUUAUUUAUAAUAUUUAAAUUAUUUUUGUUCAUAUAAUAUCAUG